CUUUGGACGUCUUCUGAGAGGAAAGGGGAGGAUGUCACUGGAAUCAUCUUCCUCUUCAUUAUCACCAUCCUUCCCUUCUCCAUUACCCUCAGUACCAGACAGUAUUAGCAAUUCUUCCCCUCCUCCCAUGUCUUACAUCACUUCCCAGGAAAUGAAAUGUAUUCUUCAGUGGUUUGCCAGUUGGUCAGCUCCCCAGCGUGAAUGUUUUCUACAGGACCUGGUAGCUAAAGCAGUGCCAGGAAAACUACAGCCCCUGGUGGAUGGUCUAGAGCAGCUUAGUGUGUCUGGGCCAAAUCGACCACCUUGCAUAUUUGAGUGCCAGCUCCAUCUUUGGGAUCAGUGGUUUCGAGGUUGGGCUGAACAAGAGUGCAAUGAAUUUGUCAGGCAGCUGGAGGUCAGUGAGCCAGACUUCGUGGCAAAGUUUUACCAAGCAGUGGCUGCUACAGCUGGAAAGGAUUGAUCAAGAAAGUAACCACAGCUAAUUGAACCAAGGACAUGACUGCAGUGAGAACUCAAUGGAGAUGUGUUGCUUAAAGAUUUAGGGGGUGGCAUGAUCUGACUGAACUUGCUGAUGAACACAGGCAUCGUUUUUUCAGCAUAACAAUGGUAUAUCAGGUGGACUCCUUGUGUCAACAUAAUCCAUGUAAGCAAAUCCUGAUUGUGUCAGGCACCUUCAUUGCGUUUUUCCAAGGACUGUUGAAACUUCAAGAAUUUGACCACUUUGCAACUAUAAUCAAAAGGAACCUACCCUUUAUAACUGAAGCCUACUCUUGGCCCAUGGAGGCUAUAAAUUAGAACUUUCCUUUCUCAGAAAUAGGAGAGAACAAUAAGAAGCAUUUUUAUAUUUUAUUAGAUUCAGGUGGCUGGCUUAAUCACCCUUAUCGUACUCUAGCAUGAUUAUGUGACAUCCCAACUACUGGGUUUCCCAGUGAAGACUUAAUAAAAUUAAAGUAGAUCAAA